GCUGCUGUUUGCACAAUUGGUUUACCAAUGAUUUUCUUAGCUGAUAAGAACUCUCAUAAAGGACAUACCGCUAGGGGUCAUUAUCCUUUAAGAUCAGGUUCUAGUUCCCCAUCUAUUGAGCUUCAGUCUUACUCUUCUCCCUUUCCGAAACAAAAACAUCUUGCUGAAGAGUUAAUGCACAAGAAACUAUCUGCAACAGAUUUCAGUAUUGGUGGUGUUGUAAAAAGUCCAGAGUUUUGGCUAGUUUUCUUAAUUCUUGGGUUAUUGGCUUCCCUGGGUCAGAUGUAUAUCUAUUCUGUGGGGUACAUGGUGAAAUCAUUAUUACAAGGGGAAGAUGACUUAUUUAUUCAAAGGGAACAGCAAUUUCAAGUAUCAAUUCUAUCAAUCUCCAAUUGUGCCGGUCGUCUUUUGAGUGGGAUUGUGGGUGAUUUGUUAUCUAAUUCAUUCAAGAAAUCAAGAGGUUGGAUUUUGUUGAUACCUUCUUCAUGUCUUUUCCUUGUCCAAAUCUUGGGAUUAACCAUUGUGAAGAGUGAUAAACUAUGGAUCAAUUCUGUCAUCAAUGGUGUUGGGUAUGGCUUCACUUGGAGUUCUAUACCACAAUUACUUUUAGAUUUUUUUGGGGUUCAGGUAUUUUCAUUCUCUUGGGGAUUCAUCAAUUUGAGUCCAAUAAUACCAGCCUACUUCUUCACUCAUUUAUUUGGAUCUAAUUAUGAUAAGAACUCGCCACUUGAUGAGUCUACAAAUACCAAAGUGUGUGUUAAAGGUGUACAGUGUUAUGAUGACACUUUUAAGAUUUCAGCAUUUUUUGCGUUCGUUACUCUCGUUGCGGCAUUGUGGCUAAACUUGAGAAAAGUCAAUUCAGACUAUCAGAAGAAAAGAAGAAGCUCAACGGAUGCCUCUGUGUGACUCUAUAUAUUUAUUUAAUGAAGUUGAUGUGUAUAAAUAAUGAUUAAAUUAUUGCUUGAUGAUU